AGAGCGACCACCAUUCGCGGUCCGAUGUGCGCACGCGCAACCCGCCUCUAUCGCCUGUUCCGAUUCAGACGAAGUAAGAAGUGGACGUUUAUGAAAAAAGUUUUUCGAUUUAAUUAAAAUGAAGAUUUUUGAACUCGUUUUUGCUGUUGUUUUGUUAUCACAACAAUGCUUCAGCCAGCCGAUCGAGGACUCGGUGGUGUCGGUGUACACCACCCACCCCACUACGCUGGGCACCAAUCCACCGCUCGACGUCUACCACCAAAUCGCCAACAAUCUUGCUGAGAGAAUCACCUCGCCUAUAUACAGAUUCCUCGGUAUCAACUCAACGAAACCAGACACGACGACAAAAUCCUGGGACAACAUCGAGAUACUCGACGACGAUAACAUAUCUAACAAGAAAGAUGUCAAACCGUUAGAUAAUGACAUCUCCAAAGACAGGGAUGUCGAAGAAUUGUCAGUCGAGGGGCUCAAGAAAGCUGAGAAAAAACCAGAGAAAAUAACUCUGUAUUCAAGCUAUUUACCAGCCGCAGCAGAAGCUAGUAAACUUGUCAGUAUUGACAAUAGUGAGGCUAAAAACUCUACAGAUAAUGAAAUAGAUGAUAGUUUUGAAUGGGAUUUGGAUGAGGUUCCAAAGAGCCAGCCCAAACAAACACCUUUCGUUUACAUUCUGGAAUUCUUUGGUAGUAUGAUUCAGUUGGUUUGGGGAGGCCUCAUGGCACUGUUCAGACCAGCUGCCAGUUAGGUGGAUUUGUGUUUUAGAAAUAUGAUGGGAUAGAUAUUUGUGUACCUAGUGAUAAAUUUUCGAAUUUUCGUCAUGUUUUUUUUAAGUUAAUUUAUACCAGUUCAAAGUCGACGUACUUUGAAAUAGAGAUAUGUGUCAUAUUUGAGGAAUAAAUAACGAAUUUGUGGGAAACAUUGAGAGCUAGGCUUCAUUUAACUUUGACUUUGCACUAGUAAAUAGCGCUUAUGCUGGGAUCCCACUAUCCCUUAAUGCCACAAACGAACAGGAACCAAGGCAGCAUACCGUGAGUCAUAGGCCAUCUGCUGCAACUCAAUAAAAUAAAACCCCAAAUAUUUUAUUCUAAUAGGUCCUUUUUCUAGUUUUUAUAAACGUUACAAUAAUGACUCUAGGUGUCCACGGUUAAAAAUGGCCAUUGUUCAGUGUCAGUUUUUAAGUUUUCGCCCGUUGCUAUCCGAAGGCCCCUUGUAGUUUACCAACUGGGGACGGAUAGCUUCAGACUGCUAUAUCGUAGAUGGCUGGUGUUUCACGGAGUCACCGUGAAAUCUGGUAUCAAUGGACUUGGGUUUAGGUCCUUAUUUAUCUGAUGGAAAAUGCGUUGCGUACAACAAAUAAGCCAUGCUACCGAUAGGUAAGUGUAAAUCACUCGAGAUACUGGCAGUUAGUUGGCUUUCGAAGCUUUCCCGUUAAGCGUCGCAUUUUCCCACAUGUAGGAACCGACCCUCCAUGUUUAAGUAAUUAUAUUCGAUGUUUUCAGAUAUUAUCAUAAGCAAACCCCGUAAGAAAUAUGAAAAUUUAUCAUUUUUUGAGGCUGUUAGUGUAAUCUAGGUCUAAAGUUUCACUUUUCAUUUUCGACUUCACCCCAUACCUACUUACUUAAAAAUAUAAGAUAUAUCUUACGAUUUUAUCAAUGUACUUAAUUUCUAGUUUUAAGUUAUUAUUAUAUAAUAUUGUUCUAGUAAUUUUAUAUUGUAUUUCUUUUUAUAAUUAUGAAAAUUAGAUCGUAUGUGCCAUGAUGUGUACAACUAUUAGUCAAAAUAAUAUUUAUGUAAACAAUAAAUUGUACAGUU